AUGCCACAGUUGGCUAUAGGGAUGGGCCACUGCGCUGCUUGCGCAUGCUGCUCAAAAUUUUUAAAGACUGCCGCAGUGUGGUUUUCAAAUUUCAAGCAAGCUGGCCCAGCUUGCAUAAAGCUGCAGGCUCUUUAG